AGGCGGCGGCGGCGGCCUCGGCCUUCCCCCGCCCCCCGCGCGCCUGCGCGCCCCGACUCCCGCCCCUUCAGGCAAGCGGCUGCCCCGGCCGCAUCACCCGCACGGAGUUCUUUUAUGACGCCGGCAGCGUCGGAGGUCAACGGGAUUCCUCCGCUGUGCGGAGCCCAGCGGCGCAUGCGCCCUUUCACUCGGGUGGGCUAGGAGUAAUGCGGGCGGGAAACGGCGUGACAGGCUGGCCGGGAGGAGGCGGCGGGGAGGAGAGACAAGGAGCAGGUCGGCAGGCGGGGAUUCCUCCCUUGGGAGGCGCUCAGCGGGCGAAGUUUCACGCUGUUAUCGCGAGAAGAGACUUGUCGGAAGAGGUUCCCGGAAGUGGGCUGCCGGAAGGACGUGGAGGAGGGGGAAGAGCAUCCGGUGUCGCCGCCUGGAACGGCCUUCCUCUCUGGGCUCGCUGGCGCCUGUGGGACCCCCCCCUCCCCCGCCACCUGAAGUCCCUUAGGGCGCUGGUGUCCAGACUUUUUUCAAAGAGGGCCAGAUUUGAUGAAGUGGAGGGCCAACCAAAGGUGUUGAGGUUUUUUAGGAUUUUACCUCAGGAAAUAAACUGCCGCAGGGGCCGGAUUAGGCCCCUGAAACAGACUCUGGACAUGCCUGACUUAGGGGAAACCUCUUUGUUUAAAAAUAAAAGGAGUGGAGCGGACGGUGAACCGGAUUAACUACACACAAUUGUAGAAUGAGCUAUUACUGAAUGAGCUAUUAUUAGGAGGAAAGCGCUAUUGCAAGUGUAUUUCAGCCUCUCCACCUGCUCACGUAUCAUUGGCACUUGGAAAGCUGCGCUUUCUUUUGCUUCAUUGAAAACGGAUAUGAUGACGACCCUUAAGUAGUGGUGUGAUGCCUUGUAAGGAGGAACAACCUAGCGACAUAUCUGCCUCUCUUAUCCCCAGACCUCGGGGAAAUCGAGCUCGCCAUGUGAGCUACCUCUUCCUUGCCCUGUGUGUCUGUUUCCUGUGCCUCACUGAGCAGAGCCUAGACCUUGUCUUCCAUUGCAUUGUCAUCCAUUUCACAGCCCUGCAGGUUGGAGCACUGUGUCAGGGGGCCUGCAACUUCGCAGAAGAGCUGCGUCAUGUGACAUCCAGGUACCAUGGGAGCUACUUAAGGGCCCUGAAUGCUUGCCUAGAGCUACGCAAACGUUCUUUCCUGUUUCUCCUGCUGUGUGGAGUAGCCUAUCUGCAUCUCCUCAAAGAAUCUGGCCUUCCAGUGUGUCGGAACCUGAUCAUUGUGUGCUUCUGCCAACUUUUAAACUUUGUCUUUGACCUUCAGCAUCCAUCAGCUGCUGAGAUUUCUGAAAUGUAUGAGAGAAACAACUGCAAUGUUGCACAAGGACUUGCCUGGUCAUAUUACGUUGGGUAUUUAAAAUUCAUUUUGCCUGGCCUCAAAGAUCGGAUUAGAGAGUUCAACCGAAGCAACAACCAUUUGCUGAAUUGCGAGAAGACUUGGAAAUUGCACAUAUUGAUUCCCCUGAGCUGCGAUAUGUGUGAUGACCUGCAGACGGUUGACAGUCAUAUUCACUUCAUAAAGAAUCUCCCAGAAUUGAACGUGGAUGUUGCUGGCAUUAAAAAAAGAAGCUACAAAAAUAGUAUCUAUGGGAUAUUGAGUGAAAACAAAGAGAAACAUUUUUGUGUUAUGGAGUAUGCCACUCCUCUGCGGUCCCUCUUUGCCAUGUCCCAAGAUGAAAGUGCUGCCUUCAGCUGUCAAGACCGUUUGGAACAAGCCAAGCUUUUCUGCAGAGCACUGGAAGAAAUCUUACAGAGAUCUAAAUAUUGUUCUGGCUGCUACCGGCUCAUUGUAUAUGAUGAUUCAGAAGAAAAUGACAAGCACUUCCUGUCCAAGACUAUCCUAAGACACAUGGAACAGGAGCGCCAAGAGGAGUAUACCAUGGAUGAAAAGUAUGAAGGCAGCAUACAUAACGCUGAAUCAAAAGGGACUGAGCUCCUGAUUAGUGGCACUGAUCAUCCCAUGUCUUUGCAUAGUUCUGGCUACUGAAAUAAUGGCCCCCAUCUCACAGCUCCAUGGCUCUUCUUGUGGAAAUCAUCAGGAUUGCCUCCAGAUGAAACCUAAUAGUACCAAAUUUUAAUACAUGCAGACUGACCCCAACAAGACCUAAAACCCUUUUAGAAAG